AUGAUGGACGACGACAUAGUUGAGACGUGCCGUGGAUGGACACGUAUCCAUUCGCUAUGCUACAUAGCCCAGCAUGGACCCACGGCACAGCAGCCAUCGGCAGACGACGAAGCGAGUCGCCUUAUCCAGACGACAACGUGGUCCACAGAUACGUUGGACCGCUUGUGCCUGGGCCGGCACCGGCCCAUGACAGACGAGGAAAAAGCCUGGUACAAGGCAACAAAGACGUGGUGUGAGCAGGAGCAUGCUCGCCUGACCGCUGCGCUAGCAACGUGCGAAGCUCAGGGUGUGCAUGAGCCAUGGCGUCUCGCGUAUUUGAACCUCGGUGAUUUUUCCAUGCGGUGCGGCGCGUUCCAUGAGGCUGUCACGUACUACGACAAGGCAUGCGAAUACAGUACGACCAACGAGCAUAUGCUGAGCAUGUACAUGAACGCUUUGGAAGCCGCUUGGCAUGCGCACGAGCCCACGCGGGUGUUAACCUAUGUGGAUCAGGCGAUGAUUGUGUUGCAGAUGCUAGAGCGACUAUGGAAAGGCCCAGCGGAUCCGGAUGCAUGGACCAAGGCUCUGCAGCAGGGCACAGGAGCCACGACGCUCCCGACUUCGGAUGUCCCGACGACGACGCCAGGGUGUGCAGAGAUGGCAUCGCUGUAUGUUGGCGCACGCGAAGCGUCCGUCGCAUCGCUUCCGAUGAUUCGUGCACGGCUGGAAGCGUUUCGAUUCCUUGCACAAUGGUCAUUAUGUUCCAUCUAUGACGAGGCAUGGCCGGAUGUGUAUGAUGCUAGCCUCUGGACUGCAUACAGUGAUGUGCUCGCACCACAGCAGUGGGUAUGGUACACUGUGAUCUAUGCGUUGGGUUGUGAGCCCGCCGCACAGCGGCAACGAGCAUCGCACAUCCUCGCGAUGCCCACUUUUCAAGCCCAUACAGCCGUUGAGGAUACGCCGCGGCGUAUCCUCACGGCCUAUGUGCGCUCUGACUUUGUCACAUGCUGGCAACUUAUCCAAGAGACGGCGGCCUCCGCAUGGGCGAUGGACCCCGUGUUGGGCAUCGAACGAAGCCAAGCGCUCGUGCCGAUCCUGGGGCGCCGUCUGCUGGCAUGUUACCUGAGCGCUUUUGAACGCGUAUCGUUGUCCACCUUGCGCGCCACGUUCGGCGCUGACGUAUGUGCCUGGCUCGUCGAUCUCGCUUCGGUGUGCCAGGGCCGCAUCGAUUGGGAGGCGCAAGUCUGGGCCGCAAGUACUACGGCGCGCCCUCCGCGAUGCGGGAACGAAUGGGCGUAG